AUGGAGCUACUGUCGCCGCCACUCUGGGACGUAGAUUUGACAGGCCCCGACGGCUCUCUCUGCUCCUUUGCCACAGCUGACAACUUCUAUGAUGACCCGUGUUUUGACUCACCAGACCUGCGCUUUUUCGAGGACCUGGACCCGCGUCUGGUGCACGUGGGGACCCUCCUGAAACCGGAGGAGCAUACACACUUGCCCACCGCGGUGCACCCAGGCCCCGGCGCCGAGGAUGAACAUGUGCGCGCGCCCAGCGGGCACCACCAGGCUGGGUGCUGCUUACUGUGGGCAUGCAAGGCGUGCAAGCGCAAGACCACCAAUGCUGAUUGCCUUAAGGCCGCCACCAUGCGCGAGCCGCGCCGCCUGAGCAAAGUGAAGGAAGCCUUGGAGACGCUCAAGCGCUGCACGUCCAGCAACCCGAACCAGCGGCUGCCCAAGGUGGAGAUCUUGCGCAAUGCCAUCCACUACAUUGAAGGCUUGCAGGCUCUGCUGCACGACCAGGACGCAGCACCACCAGGGGCCGCCGCUUUCUACUCGCCCGGUCUGCUGCCCCCAGGCCGAAGCAGCUAGCACUACAGUGGCGACUCGGACGCUUCUAGCCCGCGUUCCAACUGCUCGGACGUCAUGAUGGAUUACAGCGGCCCCCCGGGUGGGUCCCGGCGGCAAACCGGGUAUGAUGCCGCCUACUACAACGAGGCGUCCAGCGAAUCCAGGCCAGGGAAGAGUGCGGCGGUAUCAAGCCUCGACUGCCUAUCCAGCAUCGUCGAGCGCAUCUCCACAGACAGCCCCGCCGCGCCUGCGCUGCUGUUGGCAGACGCACCACCAGAAUCUCCUCCAGGUCCUCCGGAGGGUGCAUCACCAAGCGACACAGAACAAGGGGUCCAGACCCCUUCCCCUGACGCUACCCCGCAGUGUCCUGUAGGCAUGAACCCCAAUCCUAUUUACCAGGUGCUUUGAAGGGUUGGCUGCGGCAAGAGAGGACGCACCGCCUACAC